AACUUUUCCAACAGUUUUAUUCCUGCUCAACGCAACUGCUCAAGUGCGUUUUUCAACAUUUAUCUAAUUUCUCAUUCUGUUUUUCUUUUACGUAGUAUGUCACUGAGUUAAUUGUUCGAGCAGUCAGAAGGAGGUAUAUUUAUGGAGGAGACCGUAUCAGGUGGAUGUACGUACCCAGCAGAAGGAAAUACAUCGCGAUAAUCAUUUCAGCAAGUUUGUUGACAUGCUGUAGCCAAAUGACAGAAGCAAGCGAGUCUCGGAACCUGUAAUAAACAGUUAAUUCGCAUCUACACGUACUAAUGGAAGGAAGAAUAUACUUUGAAGUUUAGAAAACACAGACGGACGUUUUCAUUUGGGAUUACUUUUACAAUAAAGGAGUUGCACAGAUUAAUUGUGCCGACAAGGUCGAGACAUCGUCUCUAUUGCUACCCGUCAUGGUCCCAUGGUUCGACACUCUGUGAUGUUCGCUAUCGGAUCCAGAAUGAUGGGGUGUCCGCAGGUGUUUGCCGUCUGGAUCCUGCUGGUUUGGUCCCUGCAUCCUGUCGACGCUCAGACGCAAGAAGUGGCGGUGUGCUCUGGUACCCAGAAUUCCCUGAGUGUGACGGGGAGUGCAGAGGUGCAGUACAACAUCAUGAAGGACAUGUACAGCGGGUGUGAGAUCGUCAUGGGCAACCUGGAGAUCACACACAUGGAGCAUAGCCGCAACUUCUCCUUCCUGCAGUCCAUCCGGGAGGUGACUGGCUACAUCUUGAUCGCCAUUAACGAGUUCUCCCGCCUACCCCUGGAGCAGCUGCGUGUGAUCAGGGGCACCACGCUCUACGAGGAUCGCUAUGCCUUGACCGUCGUCGUCAACUACCAGAAGGAAGGGCAGCACGGACUUCGGGAGCUGGGCCUCACCCACCUGACUGAAAUCCUGCAAGGUGGGGUUCAGAUUUUAAGCAACAGGUUCCUGAGGUACAUUUCCCUGGUGAACUGGGCUGACAUCAUGAGGGACAGCUCUGCUGAGGUCAAGAUCAAUGACAACGGGGAGAGAGGAAUGUGUGAUGAGUCCUGCGGGGGGUUCUGCUGGGGACCAGGUGAAGAGGACUGCCAGAUCUUGACCAAGACGGUGUGCGCACCACAGUGCAACGGCCGCUGCUUUGGCACCAGCCCCAGCGAGUGUUGCCAUAGCGAGUGUGCGGGAGGCUGCACCGGUGCGCAGGACACAGACUGUUUCGCUUGCAGUAAAUUCAAUGACUCAGGGGCUUGCGUCCCACAGUGCCCUCAGACCCUCAUCUAUAACAAACACACAUUCCAACUGGAGCCCAAUCCCAGUGCCAAGUACCAGUACGGCUCUAUCUGUGUGUCUCAAUGUCCCCCCAACUUUGUGGUGGACGGCAGCUCCUGUGUUAGUGGCUGUCCGCCAGACAAGAAGGAGGUGGACAAGAACGGGGUGAAGCAGUGUGAGCCCUGUGGAGGGCUAUGUCCCAAAGCUUGUCAGGGCACUGGCUCUCCUCACAGACAGACGGUAGACUCCAGAAACAUAGACAGCUUCAUCAACUGCACCAAGAUCCAGGGCAGCCUACACUUUCUGACCACUGGGAUCUUAGGUGACCCAUAUCACAACAUCUCUGCACUCGACCCAGAGAAACUGAACUACUUCCGAACUGUCCGAGAGAUUACAGACAUCCUGAGCAUCCAGUCCUGGCCCAAAGAAAUGACCAACCUGUCUGUGUUCUCCAACCUCACCACCAUACAGGGAAGAACCCUGUACAAAGGAGUCAGCUCAAAAAGGGGCUAUUCUCUCCUGGUGAUGAAGCUAUCCUCGCUCACCUCCCUGGGACUGCGCUCGCUGAAGGAGAUCAGCGACGGCAGCGUCUACAUCAGCGGGAACAAGAAGCUGUGUUACCACCACACCGUCAACUGGACCCAGCUGUUCACCGGGGGCCGCACACAGCAGCGGCACCAGGACACCAGGGGCAUCAAGAAGAACCGGCCAGAGAGCGAGUGCUUUGUAGAAGGACAUAUUUGUGACCCCCUGUGCUCAGCCUCUGGGUGCUGGGGCCCGGGGCCCGAUCAGUGCCUGUCCUGCAGGAACUACAGCCGAGAGGGAACCUGCGUCGCCCAGUGCAACUUCGUCUCAGGGGAACCACAUGAGUUUUCGGGGCCAAACAGGGAGUGCAUUGCCUGUCACCCCGAGUGUCAGGUCCAGGAGGGGAAGCCCAGCUGCAUGGGGCCGGGAGCUGACGAAUGUGAGGCCUGUGCCAGCCUGCAGGACGGCCCCCACUGCGUGCCCUCCUGCCCGGAUGGGGUCAUGGGGGAGAAGGGGCUCAUUUUUAAAUAUCCAAAUGCCAAGAGUCGCUGUGAGCCCUGCCAUGUCAACUGCACACAGGGGUGCUCAGGCCCAGGCAUUAAAGCCUGCCUGGAAACACCCCGUGCUGCCAACAGUCCCCAGACCACAGGCAUUGUGUUGGCCGUGCUGGCAGGCGUGGUCGUGUGCUUCGCUGUCUUUGUGCUCAGUAUGCUCUAUCACCGAGGCCUGGCCAUCCGCCGCAAGAGAGCCAUGAGGAGAUUCCUGGAGAGAGGGGAGAGCUUUGAGCCGCUGGACGCAGGGGAGAAGGGGACCAAAGUCCACGCCCGGAUCCUGAAGACGGCGGAGCUGCGUAAAAUCAAAGUCCUGGGCUCAGGUGUCUUUGGCACCGUGCACAAGGGCGUGUGGACCCCAGAGGGAGAGGACCACUCGCUGAAGAUCCCCGUGGCCAUUAAGACCAUCCAGGACCGCACCGGCCGCCAGACCUUCACUGAGAUCACUGAUCACAUGUUGGCGUUGGGCAGUCUGGACCACGCCUACGUGGUCAGGCUCUUGGGCAUCUGCCCGGGGCACUGCCUGCAGCUGGUCACUCAGCUCAGCACCCAGGGGUCCCUACUGGACCACAUCAAGCAGCGCAAGGACAGCUUGGACCCCCAGCGCCUGCUCAACUGGUGUGUGCAGAUAGCCAAGGGGAUGUAUUACCUGGAGGAGCACCGCAUGGUCCACAGGAACCUGGCAGCUCGAAACGUGCUGCUAAAGAGCGACUACAUAGUCCAGAUAUCUGACUAUGGCAUUGCCGACCUGCUGUACCCCGACGACAAGAAGUACGUCUACAACGAGGCCAAGACUCCAAUAAAGUGGAUGGCCCUGGAAAGCAUUCUGUUUCGCAGAUACACGCAUCAGAGUGAUGUAUGGAGUUAUGGAGUGACAGUUUGGGAGAUGAUGUCAUUCGGGGCUGAGCCCUAUGCAGCCAUGAGACCCCAGGAGGUGCCGGACUUACUAGAGAAAGGGGAGCGUCUGUCCCAACCACAAAUCUGCACCAUCGACGUGUACAUGGUCAUGGUGAAAUGCUGGAUGAUUGAUGAGAAUGUCCGGCCGACCUUCAAGGAACUGGCCAGUGAGUUCACUCGGAUGGCGAGAGACCCGCCCCGCUACCUCGUGAUAAAGACGAAGGAGGUGGACAGCAGCCAACCAGAGGUUGCCCUAGAUGAGACUCAUCAGCGGGGGGAGGAGCUGGGUCAUUUGGAGGAGCAGCUAGACGAUCAGGAUGGGGAGGACCUGACCGAUGGCAUGGACUCCACCUCCCUGUACCUGUCUCGAAGCAGGAGCCAAACUCGCAGUCGACGAGACUCCUACCGGUUCUGUUCCUCUCAGGCUCUGUCAGGCCAAGCCGGGUACCUGCCUAUGACACCUGGCCCAGGAGACAACUCCAGACAGCCACGGCCCCCCCGCUCCCGGCUGAAUUCGGCACGGACGCUGUCGGAGUGCUCGGAGGGCCGCGGGACGGUCCUGGAGUUUCAGCUGGAGGACUUCUCAGUGGCCGGCAGUCAGCAUAGAUCGCGCUUCCGGGAGGACAGCGCCUACCUCUCCCAGCGAAUCAGUGUGUCCGGCCCCUCUGAGACACCCUCCCCUCAGACAGAGGGAGAGGAGGACCAGAGCGAAUAUGUGCUGCCUGGAGCAGCCGACAGCCUGGAGAGAGAGUCAAUGGAAGAGCGGGACUCUGCGUCUGAGGAAUACGAGUACAUGAACAAACAGACGUGUCUGCUGCCUACCUCACCCAGACGGCCUUCUGAUCUGUCCAAAGACAGAGUUCAGAGUCGCAGGCAGAACAUGUCCCCUCGGCCUUCCCUGACCUGCAGUACCCAACUGUAUCCAGCAGGGGGAGAUGCUGCAGACCGCCACAGCCAUUCGGGCUAUACAGAUUGCAGGGCUGUCGAGCCACCCAGAGUGAGGUUGAUGCUAGACAGCGACGGCAACAGUCCGUCCUCAACGACAGACGACGAAAGCGUAGAGGACGGGUGCAGGCAGAGCCGGGAGUCAGAGGACGUGGAGUACGAGUACAUGGACCUCUGCAGCGGGGGGAGCAGGUCGGGCAGCACUGGCUCCAAGAGGGACGUCGAAACCAUGGGAGCGGCUUUGGUGGAGAAGGACAGAGAGGUGGAGGUGGAAGUGGAAGUGGAGGUGGAGGAGGAGGAGGAAGAGGAGGAUGGGGGAAAUGAGCAGCAAGACACUGAAGAUUAUCACUACGUGAACAAGCAGCCCAGACUGAGGCCCAUGCUGAGAGGCAGGGGGGGCCUGACCGUGCAAGGACCCGUGGGUGGGGCAGGGGCAGUGGCAGGGGAGGUCUAUGAGUACGAGGAGAUGGACUCACUUGUGGCGCCCCCUGGUGGAGGAGACCACAGCGAGUAUGAGAACUUGGCGGACAGUGGGGCGGUGGCUGCACCCGAGGGGGUCCGCCGCUCCGGGGCGGGGUACCUGAAACUGCACGCCGGGAUGGGGGAGUCAGGGGACCACUCUUUCGACAACCCUGACUAUUGGCACAGCAGGCUGUUCCUCAAAGCAGAUGCUGUGCGCACGUAGCGGCAGAGGGGGGAGAAACGUUCGGCCUCCUGCCACAUCUCCUGGAAGAGCAACCUGCCUGGCUGGUCAAGAGCCGAACAGAGCAUUCGAAGCUGGAAUCAAUGAAGGACAGUCCAGACAUAAUCCUCCCAGUACAAGGGAACGCGAAGGUGAAGUCUGCUGGACGACAGCAGCGUGGUCGUCACCGUUCCUCUGAGCUUUUUAAACAAUAUUUCCAUUGUUUACACGGUUUCAUCCACACAAUGUGUCGGUGUUCUAGUGUGCCUUAAUGAAGUGUAUUAUAACAAAGGGAAGGGAGCUUGGUUAGGCUCGCAAUUAAAAUGCAAAUAAUGUGGGCGUGAAAGCUAAAAUGGCCAGUAGAUAAGCUGAGCUUUCUCACCAGUGAAAUCAACAUGUUUUGUGUUUACUCUUUUUUUGCUAUUCUGUUUUUUUUUAUGUACCAUGACGUGAAGUUAUGAGUUAUGACUUUUUAUACUGAAUAAACUUCUUCAAACAUU